AUGAAAUCGACGGUCGAGAUGACGAUUCAAAUAUUGAGCUUAUCCAAAUUCGACGAUCCAGGUCAUACCAUGUCGAUCCCUCCACCCACCGACCGACGGCCGACGGAGAUCGCUUCAUAUCCAUUUCCUUCGCACUUUCUCUCUCUAGACGUACGCACGCACGCACGCACAGAUUCGUGCAUUCAAUCGGUUGUUCGUUCAAGUGGAGGUAUGGGGAAUGCCAAUGGCAAAGAAGAAGGCGUUGAGAAUGGCGGUGGCGGGGAUGAGGUGUCGGGGCUUUCGAACCACGCGCAGACUGCGCGCGUGGCUUCUUCUGAUUUGAUGGUUAGCUCUCCCCCGCACGACCUCCGGCAGCCUCGCCCGCCUGUCUUGUUUUCCUCUCAGACCCCUGUACUUCCAUCACAAAGAAACGGUGGCACUUCAUCUAAUCAUUUGCUGCGGAAUGAAUCUAGACGUGCUCUUGAUUACCCCCUGGAAAAAGGCAUUCCAACUAUAAUAACCUGGAGCUUUGGUGGCAACAAUGUGGCUGUGGAGGGAUCUUGGGACAACUGGAAGACAAGGAAACUACUUCAAAGGUCAGGCAAGGAUCAUUCGAUUCUUUUGGUCCUUCCAUCAGGCAUAUUCAGAUACAGAUUCAUUGUGGACGGCGAAGUUAAAUACAUCCCUGAUCUUCCGAGUGAAACAGAUGAUAUAGGCAGUGUCUGUAAUGUUCUCGAUGUCCAUGACUACGUUCCUGAAAACCUGGAUAGCGUGGCAGAAUUCGAGCCUCCCUCAUCACCCGAGUCCAGCUACAGUCAAAUUUUUCCGGGAGAAGAAGAUUUUGCCAAGGACCCUAUGCUGGUCCCUCCUCAACUUCACUCCUCAGGCCUUGGCUCCGAUAACCACAAAGAAGCAGCUGGUUCAAAACCGCAGCAUGUGGUGCUGAACCACCUAUUCAUGGAGAAAGGACAGCAGUCUCAAUCUGUUGUUGCCCUCGGCCUGACUCAUAGGUUCCAAUCCAAGUAUGUGACUGUUGUCCUAUAUAAGCCGCUCAAGAGGUGA